CACGUGUCCUAUAAAAGGUCCAACCCUAGGGUUUCAUCAUCUUCUUCUAAAUUCAGGUUUCCUCUCUUCCCCAGGUUUUGUAGCGGCGACAUCCAACAGCAAAAAUGCCGUCCCACAAGACCUUCAUGAUUAAGAAGAAGCUGGCGAAGAAGAUGAGGCAGAAUAGGCCUAUCCCUCACUGGAUCCGCAUGAGGACUGACAACACCAUCAGGUACAAUGCAAAGCGCAGGCACUGGCGUCGCACCAAGCUUGGAUUCUGAGGUGUUUUUGUUGCUUUAUUGUCAUUGCUUCUUUAGCAAAGUUUCAAAACAAUGUAUUUGCCUUAGAGCUUUCAUGUUUUCCAUUUCCUUCAGAACCCAAUUUUGUAUGGAACUCAUACGAGUCCCUUCCCAGACGUUUAUUUACUGUUUUUGACUAAUAUUGAAUUGUGGGUUAAUCUUAAUUUCUUCAUAUGAUUAAAGUAUUUUCUUGGAUUGAUUA